AUGAACCCGGAACAGAACGCCAUUAACCUCAAGUAUGAAAUCUCCUGUUUGGUAGUAAUGAACUGGAUGAAGGCUAUUCUCAUUAAGCUUGGCGGGUUUCUCGUCCAUGAUGAUCCACAAACACCGACCACUCUUGUCAUGCCACCACGCGCAGCUGCCCCCACAACACUCGUCCUACGAGUCAAAUCCCACAGGACGAGCGUAUUUGUGACUGUCCCCUCCACCGCGACUGUUGUGGCGCUCAAGGAGCUUGUGCAGAAGGCGCUAAAUGCCCAUCAAGAAGCGGAAUCGGAAAGGGGACUCCCGCUCCCAAUCGAAGACUCCGAUGAUUUUAUUCUCGCGCUCAGGCGGCCGGCAGGAGUAAACAAGCGGCCUGGUUUUAUAGACAUACCUGAAGACGAUACAUCGAUUUCACUCCUAGAGCUGGAUGUGAAGAACUGGGACGCUGUUUACAUCAGGUGGCGCGUAGAUGGGGUCUACAGACCCGUAGAGGUAACCUUACCGAGCCUACUGGAUCCAACGACUGAGGACGAUGAUGUCGCAGAGGAACAGGAAAGCGAGGCAGAAGCACCUACACGGUCCAAGGAUAAAGGCAAAGGAAAGGCAUGA